AUGGGUAAACGAUAUCACUGUGAUUACUGCGAUAAAACGAUGGUAGCCGCACCUUCUAUUGUUAAGAUUCAUAUCAAAGGUUUGGUGCAUCAGAAACUUGUUCAAGAGCAUUAUCAACAAUUUAAGGACCCAGAAACUAUAUUAAAAGAAGAGGCUAUAAAAAAGCCAUGUCUUAGGUUUGCAUCGGGCCAGUGUCAGUUUGGCGCUAUCUGUAGAUUUUCACAUUAUACAAGAGAACAAUUGAUUGAACUUAGACAGUAUGUUACAUCAAAAGGUAAAGCUGAAUUUGACAAUAGAACACUAUCCUUCCAAGAUCUUUACCAAAAGCUGCAAAAUGACAAAUGCAAACUGCAAGAUAAUGCAGACGACAAGAACAGCACAACACUGUACGAUAGUAAUGGUGUUACUCAUGUGCUUCCAUGGACUUAUAAUGCAACAUUAGAAAGCUAUGAUGAAAAUUUACCACCAAGCAUCAAAAAGAUGAAACUUGAAGAUUUUAAAGAUGCAGAAAUAGUUGAAUGGGGAUAA